AUAUUUGUCAGUUGACAUUGGACGACGGUGAUGAAAGGGUGUUGAAAUGUUGAUGUGACACAUCUAUGGGCAAAAACGAAUAUAAUUUUUAUUUCUAAGCAAAAAGCGAUUCUACCAUUAUGUGGCAGCCAACUCACGUUCAAGUGACGGUUCAACGAGCCAAAGGGCUUCUCAUCAAAGGAAAAAAUGAUACCAAUGAUGCUCUGGUGAUGAUUGCUCUUGGAAAGGAAAGAUUCCAGACAUCAAUAAAAGAAAAAUCUAGUGACCCUGUUGAAUGGCAUGAAGAAUGUGAUCUUGAAAUACCUGCUCAAGGCAACACUGCUGCAGUGCAGCUCACUGUCUUGCACCGCAAUGGUCUGGGCCUGGAUGAAUUUCUUGGCCAAGUAUCACUACCACUUUCAGACUUUGAUGUUUAUGAAAGACCAAGAACCAAAUCUUAUAAGCUGCAAGGCAAGCCUGAUAAGAGUCGCAAGAAGGCCGAGAAGGAGCGGGGAGAGAUUGAAGCUAAAAUCGCCUUCAUUGUAAAGUCGGGAGAAUUUUUAGACGUUGCAAAGAAAGAGAAGCACAAGUCAUCGCUGACAUCACUGAAGCAUCUGGGUGGCAGUCUCCUCAGUAUUGGCAAUAAGGACAAAAAUAGCCUUAAAAAAUUCACCAAGUCUGUCAGCAACCGCAUGGACAAAAUUGUGCCCAAAAAGAAGCGUUCCGGCAAGUCUGAUGACUCACUGCCUCCCCAGCUGAUGGCCAGUCGCCAGUGGUCUGGGGAGGCGGACCCCGGCGUCAUAUCUGAUGAAGACGAUGAUGACGACUUGGCUUUCGAUGACGUUAAAGUGGGCAGCACCGUGAACAGCAGCCCAUACAGCACCGCGUCCCGCACCUCCAGCCGACAUCUGCCCCGACUGCCUGACGAGGACAGCUUGGCGGGUGCGAGCUACAGCGGCAUAGAGACGUCACCAGUGUCGCGGUACGGCGCCACGCGCCAAAUGCAAGAUCAGGAUGAUAGGGAGGAUGAGGUUGCGCAAAGCUCGUCUGCUGCCUCAGAGCAACAACAAUUUAGCCCGCUUGCACCGACCGCUUCCUCCCCCACCGAGCCGUGCCCGCCGUCUCCCUUCACCCGCAACAGACUCCCCAACACGGCGCUGACUCGAUCCAAACGCCGUCUUGUUGCUGCCAGACCUCCACCAGUGCAGGUCCCCACCGAGCCUCAAGUACCGGUGGCCGCCUCAGUGCAAGAAGAACCAUCACCCCCUCCGUCUCCUGAACCUUAUUCACUGAGCCUCAACUUUGCCAACCUCACGCCCAUUGAGCUGCCGCCGCCCAAGCCGAAGCAAAGAAAAAUCAGCGCCUAUGAUGACGUUGCUAAUGCAACAAAUGAGGAUGUGCCCACUGCGCAGCCGCUGGCCUACAAUCCCUUCGAUGUCCAAACUACAGUGGCAAAGGAAGCGCCAAAAAGUGCAGUACUUCCGGCUAAUCCAUUUGACGAGGAACCUCCUAAGAAUCCGUUUGAUGAAGACGAUGAAGAAACCAAUAACCCGUUCACUGUGGCUGCUACUCCGAAGAACCCGUUCGAGGAGAAUGAGACAGAUGACCGAUCCAACGCAGCAACUAAAUCAGCUACAGAAUCGCACGCCAGAGCAGCAGAAGGUCCUGCCGCUGUAAGCUCAUCUCUUACAUCAAAUGCUCAAUUUGAGCGCACAUCUAAUGGUCAAUUUGAGCGCAAUGUAAAGAAAUCCCGGGCUCCUCCCAUCCCAACGCAGCGCUCGACCAAGGUGGAUCUCUCUAAGCGUCAGGAAGAAGCUCCAGAGAUCAAAGAUGAUGUACAAGUCUCGGCCAGAUCCGCUGAAGCAGCUCGCCGUCGCUCCAGCGUCCCAGCCCUCGCUGGCCUGCAGCGCCCUGAUUCUUCCAACCCCUCGACGUUCGAGAUCAGUCGCUCCAGCUCUGGAAGUGUCAUUACAACCGCCCAGUCGGAGAUGUUCCCGCGCAUGGGCACUCCCUCUUACAGCAGUAAGCCUUACUUUGAACUGCACGACAGCCCCCCCUCCACCCACAGCGGUGUCAGUUCUCGGGGCGCUGCCAGUGGAGCCACGGGGUCCCUGUGCUCCAUGAAGGACGACGGGGACGGUACUGGGGGAGGAGGUCUUGGUGGUCGCAGCGGUGAUAUGGUGCGCGGGGGCUCGGUUAAAGAGAAGCGCUCCUCGCAACCGUUAGAAGACGAGUGGGAGAGGAAACUCUGUGGCAAACGAAGCACGGUGGGAAGCCUGGAGCGUCUGAGUGCAGCGGGGGCGGGCGGCGGUUCGUCACGAUCGUCCCUGAACAACUCGUGCGCGUCGAGCCUGCACGACCUACAGCCGCAGCUCUCUCCUGCCGACCACCUCGCCGGUGGGGGGACGCGCUUCCCGGAGGUGAAGGCCCUCACGCUGGACCGCUCCGCCAAGCUCCCGACAUUCGAGGACAGCAGCGAGACCGCCAAGAAGCAGAAGAGGAAGGGGCUCAAGAACAGGCUUUUCUCUAGAGGAUCGAACAGCCGCGUGGAGGAAGAAGGCAGGGUGGUGGAAGGUGGCAACGACAAACUGCCCAACGCGCCAGCCACCAACCCACACUCGCGGCUCUCGCAGGACAUACACAACAAGUUUGCCGGCAAGAGUAGAGAAGACCUGAUGGAGCAGAUCCUGACGCUGCAGUCGCUGCUGGAGCGACAAGCUCGUCAUGGCCGCGAUCUGGAGGAGUACAUCGACAACCUCCUGUCGCGUGUCAUGGACGCCUCACCUCACCUGCUGCAGGCACCCGGCGCCACCCAGCCGUCCAACGCCAUGCCUCAGAGACCAAAACUUGGCCGCCUGCUAUUCAAAAUUUAGUCGCACUCUGACCCUGCACUGCGGCUGUUUGGUGCAAACGGUGAAGCCAAGUCGUCGGUGCUACUGCCAGCGUCACACGCGUUGGAGCCUUCCCGUUUAUGGAUUGCCUUGUCAAAUGUUCACGUUGCUAAGUUUGUUGAUUUUCAUAAGUUUCUGGUUACCAGGGCUGGAUUAAAUAGGUUGUCCAUCUUAUCGCUUACUAAUUACUGUUUUUUUGUGGUGAGGUCGUGAUUCCAGAUUGUAAUUGACCAGCGCAUUUGAUGGCGAUGAGAAUCUGUUGUCGUGUCCUUGUGUAUUCAGUAUUGGAUCAUUUUUAUCUAACUCCAGACGAUUGAUGUGUUAACCUGUUAACUUGUAGUUUGGUGUGGCCUUCCAGUUGAGUUUAAUGCUUCUUAAUGAAAAAUCCCGUCCAGUUGUAUAUCCAUGAUGUUUUAAAUCGUGCUAGUGAAUACAACUUCAAAAAAACUUAUUAUUAUCGGGUCCGUCCAUUUUAUUUUGCAUUCGGUCUUUAUAUGAGGAAUAUGUGCUUCCGUUGUAGAUAUUUUAUGAAGUCUUAGGCGAUUGCUAUAAUCAUUCCAAUCAAUGCCAAAUACGAAAGCAAUAUUUUAAUCAAACCAUUCCACAUAACCUAUAUGUUCGUUUAAAGUAGCCAUUGAUAUAGGUAAGCAGAAUAUGUUAGUCUGUCGAUUCCUCGCACAGUAAUGCACCGUGACAGUGUCUUCUUUCUUACCCAUCGUCAAGUAGUUCUUUCUCUCUUAAUAUUCCAUUGGCUUUUGGAUCUCAGAUUUUUUGUCAUGGUACCCAAUUUAGCAUGCCGCAGUAAGCGUGUUACCGCCUCCAAAAAUGUUUUCAAGAUUGAGUGUGCCGAAAAUUUUAACAUAGAUUCUUGGUGGUAGAUUGCUACUUUAUUGUGUUUUUUAUCAUGAUUCCCCCUCAUUCGAAAGAAUGGUCACAAUUUUAUAAACUUGAUUCUCUACUACGCUCCUACACGAGUAAUUUAUCAUGUGAUAUUUGCACGUAAUCAACUUGCUUGUGAUUAUAUACAAGAGCAUUUCCCUCGGACAUUAUCUGAACGGAACUAUUUACACUUGAAAGUAGUAUAUUCAAACCUUAAGGUAAUUUCUGUUCUGUAAAUUUGAAGAUUCUGCUACUGUGGAAAUCUGCCUUGACAAGAGUUUCAAUGGCUUUCUUUUAAAUGUGCUUGGCUGAAGCGAGCUUCUCAAUCGGGCUAAGCUUUUAGUACUUCUUAAAGGAUACCUUAUGUACCGUACUGCAGAAUAUUCCUCAUGUACUGCAGACAAUUUCUUACGUACUGUACGGGACAGCAAUUUUUUUUUACUUUUUCAUUUUUUCAAGCAUCGCUUCACUUUACUUCUCGUUCAGUUUUUCAGUUCUUAGAGAAAGUUUUUUUUCGUUCACUUCUUGAAACCUUCUGUCCAUCUUUGCCUGUUCAGUGUUCAUGGCCUGAAUGAUCCUCAUUUAGAAUGAGUUAUGUUUAUUCUUGCUAUUUCGUACUGCACUGUUUGUUGACAAAGAUUAUUCGUGUAGCCGCUGGUGUUGUUAGUUAAUGAUAUAUAAGUCGGUAAAAGGUGCAUGUGUCUGGCGACUCGAAUAUUUAUCAAAUUUCUCUAAUCUUUGAUUAAUAUUGGGGAAUUCUAUGCCGCUUUCUUUAUUUAUUAAAGAGUUUAAUAUUUAUUUUUACUUGGCCGUUAGAUUGGCUAUACAUUAUGUGAUUUUAAUAUACAUUCCAGUCUUACAUUUAUAACAUACUGAGCUUCCCUAAACGUAACCUCGUAGUCUCAACCAAUUAUCGGUAAUUGAAAAAGAUCCUUCCAGUGAAUUGUUGACUUACUGUAAUUUUAUUAAACAUUUAAUUGUUGA